GCAACCACCAUGGCUUCUAGAGACCCUGUGAAGGAGCUCUGUGAGGAACUGGCCUGUCCCAUCUGCCUGGAGUAUUUCAAGGAGCCUGUGAUCAUCUCCUGUGGGCACAAUUUCUGCCAGUCCUGCCUGGAUCAGUGCUGGGAAGGGAAAGAGGCCUCCUGCCCACAAUGCAGGGAGAAAGUGCAGAAAGGAGACAUCAGGCCAAAUAGGCAGCUGGUGAACCUGGUAGAGAUAGCCAUGAAACUGGGAAGCCUGAAGGCAGAGGAAAAGGGAGGAAUUUGCCAGAGGCACCAGGAGCCCCUGAAGCUCUUCUGUAAGCACCACAAAACCCCCAUCUGUAUGGUGUGCGACAGGUCAAAGGAGCAUGAGAACCACAAGGUGAUUACUGUGGAUGAGGCAUCGAAAGAGUAUAAGGACCAAAUUUGGAAUUUGCUGAAGUCUCUGAAGGAGGAAAAAGAGAAAAUUCUGGCCUACAAAGCAAAUAAAGCAAAGGAAAUUGACCGUUGGUUGGAGAAAACCCAAAUGGGGAAGCAGAAGACUGUGGCUGCAUUCAGAGGUAUGCAUCAGUUUCUAGAAAAACAAGAGAGGUAUCUGCUGGCAAAAAUGGAAGAGGUGGAGAAGGAGAUUUGGGAGAAAAGGGAGGAACUUCUGGCCAGACUCUCCAAAGAGGUCUCUUCUCUUUCAAAUCUCAUCCAAGAGAUGGAGAAGAAGCAUCAGCAGCCGGCAAGUGAACUCCUCCAGGAUAUUGGAAGCGUCUUACAGGGAUAUCAGAAGAGAAAGAAACAUGAGACUCUGGUGGUUUUCCCUCCUGCCCUGAAAUGGAAGAUCUGGGACUUUCGUGAUAUAAAUCACUUUCUGGAGGGUGUCAUGAAGCAAUGCAGAGAUUCUCUGGAAUCUGGACUUCAGCAGCAAAAAGCACAUGUGACUCUGGAUCCAGACACAGCCCAUCCUUGUCUCAUCCUCUCGGAAGAUCGCAGACGUGUGACGUGUGGAGAGAAAAAGCAAGAUCGUCCUGACCAUCCUCAGAGAUUCAAUCUAUAUCCUUACCUGCUGGGCCGGGAGGGAUUUACAGGAGGCAGGCAUUUCUGGGAAGUCCUUGUGGAGAAUGGGGAAGAAUGGUCUGUGGGAGUUGCCCGGAAGUCUGUGCAGAGAAAGGGUUCCAUCUCCUGUGGCCCUGAGGCUGGGAUCUGGGAAGUGGGAAAGUGGGGGAGUGCCUACAGGUUCUUCUCCAACAACGAUACGACCCCACGUCUGACUCUGAGCAAGGASCCCAAGAGGGUCCGAGUAAGUGUGAACUACGAAGGGGGUCGAGUGGCCUUUUACGAUGCAGACUCWGCAGCCCCGAUCUUUGAAUACCUGCCAGCCUCUUUCUCAGGAGAGACCAUCCUCCCCUUGUUUUUUGUGGCCAAAAAUGCCCAACUGAAGCUCUCUCCCUAAGGAUGGAGAGCAACAUCCAAAGACUUGCACCAUCUCAGACACAAGAGGAACUUCAUCUCCAGAGAGCUAGGAUUGUUGCUUCUUUUUGUGGGACCUCUCUGCUCUCUCUCUAUAUAUAUUUAACUAAGCCACUUCCCUAGUCUCUCUAGGAAAAUUUAGGUCCUUCAGUGUGGCUCUAUGGCUAGAUUCAUGUCAGAGAUGACUAUAGAGAUUCCUAGACAGAACACUUCUCAAGGCAUUUAUAAGGCCUCUAGAAUUUAUCUGUUGGAAGUUGACCAUCUUCCCUUUUUGGCUUUUUCAAUUUUAUGAAUAUUUACCACUUCUGCUGUACUUGUAUUUAGUACUUUUCUUGUACUCUGUUUAAAAAG